CCCACGCCAAAAACUUCCACAAACAUAUACACUAACCUCCCUAGGUUGCAUAUCACCAUGAAGACUAGUAAUUCAAAGCAUACUUAGCAGGAAAUUUGCAAGGAACAAUGUACAUAGAGCACUCAAAUUGUAAGAUUCAGACAUUAGACUAGGCUCCAAGCACCAAAAACAGCCAAACAUUCACUAAAAAUAGAGGAAACACCCCCACACUUAAGAUCGACUUUGCCCUCAAUGGAGAAGAUAAAGGGAUAAGGGGAACAAUGUUGAAGGAGUGAAGUAAAAUGUGGAGGGACUGGAGAAUGGACCAGUCACUAGGGAUAGACUGGAGGGCGAACCAGUCACUAAAACAAUGGCUCAACAAAAAAAACCACUAUAUCAUGGGAACGUUAGGAACAAUCAUAGACCCAAAGUCUAAUAGAUUUGCGAUAACAUAAAUAACACGAGAUUUAACAUGGUUCUUCCUCAAAGUGUGUGAGGCUUACGUCCAAGGAAAGAGUAGGGUUUUCUUAUUAGGUUAUGCGGUCAAUGGCCUUACAUGCAUAUAUAUAUAUAUAUAUAUAUAUGCCCUUCCACAUGAUUAUCAACUAGUGCUUGAUUACAAUUCGUGUAUGGUAAACAACCCCAGCAAGGACAAUGAUUCCUUGCUACCCACGACUUCUGGAACACGCCCGCAACAUGCGAAGUGGGUUGGAUGGCCGGACUCUGCUCUCGGCCCAAUAGUCUCAAACCAAACCAAAGAAAAGAAAAAGUGGAAAAUCGAAGUGGAAAACAAAUUUGCUAACCAUAGUGGAAAAUAAAUUUGUUUUUAAUUUAGAAAGAUACAACAACUUUUUUUAAUGUAAUUGAUAAUGAUUUUUGACUUUGUCUGAAUCGAUCAUGGUUCAAAUGUAUGUGAAUAAUAAAUUAAUUAAUGUAAAAACAAAUAUAUCAUUCUUAUUUUCGCUCUCGUUGGAGGACAUUUAAAAUGCUAGAAAAACUGUUUUCAACAUUGACAUAUUAUAUUUGUUUAUUAUUCUAAUGUUUCUGUAUUUUUUUAAUAUCUGGUCUGACUUUUGAACCCUUAAUUUUGUAUUUUCAUUGAAGGGGGGGAAAAACUGAACUCUUGAUUUUGUAUUAUAUUAUAUGGGAUGUGUUUUAAAAGAAAGGGGAUGAAAUUGCAUGAUAGAAUAAAUACAAGCUAAAAACAAAAAGAAAUAAAAGAGCAAAAUGGCGAGAAAAAAAAAAAGCGGAAACGGAAGCACAGAACAGAAGAAGAAGAAGACAGGACAGAGAGAGUGAGAUAGUUACUUGUUUCCUUGUUAGAGCAGAAGGGCAGAGGAAGAAGGGGAAGGAAGGGAGGAGCUCCAGAAAGGGUAAGUCAGUCAAUUGGAGAAACCCAAACUAUUUUGAAGUAAUAACCACGAUCAUAAUUUCUCCCGUUUAGAGUGUGUAUUAAGUUGAAUUUGAUUGAUUCCGUCUUCUAAACGCUGAUCCGACAUCGUUUUCAUCAUCUUCCUCUCCUCUCCAUUAACCAAACACAACGAGCAGCUGAAGCAGCUAUGGAGAUGGGUUUUCCCCUUUCUCCUUUUGGCGUUCUCUGCGCUACUUUUUUCGGGGCAACAAAAUCUUUCUUUCACGCACACACCGCUAGCUCUUUACUCUGUUUCCCCUUCUAGCUUCCAUCACAAAUGAGGAAACUUUUCUUAAUUUUUUCUUCCUUUUUUGCAGAAGAAACAGAGGAUCGGACGAGGAUUUAUGCCGUCGUCUGGGUCUCAUGUCUUGACCGCUGGAGCUCCCCAACCGCGACUCACUCUCUCUCUUUCUCUCUCUCUCUCCUCCUCGCUCUCUGCUUCCUCUUCUUUCCCGGAUUCGAUCGGGAAACUGACUAUUUCUACGCGAUUGGCUUCAUUAAGGUACCUAGCCUUCGUCUCUUCCCCCUGUUUUUCUUUUGAGACGUUACUCUCUCUCUCUCUCUUGUCGGUUGGAAUUGUGCAGCAGAUUUUGAUCCUGUUUUUCCCCUUCUUUUUGCUGCUUCCUGGUACAGGUUUUUUAAUUUUAUUUUUGAAUUGAUUGUUCCCCAAGGGAAAAUCAAAUCAUUCGGGGUUUUAGGGAGGUUUCGGUUCUGGGUUUUGGGUAAUCUUUUGCUUGAUACUCAAGUUUAGAGAGAGAGAGAGAGAGAGAGAGUGAGUGAUCCGAUGGGUUGUGUUUCUAGUGAAUGGAGGAUUUUGAGGAGUUUGUCUCCCUUUUGAAUUCAAUUUUUCUGAACCCAAAAGAAAAAAACACAACAGCCAUCCUCCCUCCUUUAACAAAGAAAGGAAAAACAAAAUUCAAAAAAGCAAGCAAUGCCAGGCCUUGAAACUCCUAGGCUGUUAGUUAUGAGCGAUCAAGUACAGAAACAGAGCAAGGCAGCAGCAAUGAAGAAGCUUCGACUCAUAUACAGCGAUCCAGACGCCACCGACUGUUCCAGCGACGAAGAAGAAGAUCAUCAUGAAGGCGAAUUCGCUCUGCUUCGUUCUUGUGGCAGUGGCAAUGGCGUCAAGCAGUUCGUUGCAGAGAUUUCCUUCCCUUCAUCAUCGGCAGCGGCAGCAGCAGCAGCAGCGGCGGCAGCAGCAGCAGCAGCGGCAGCAGCAGCAGCAUGUGAAGAAGAGACGGAGGAGGAGAGAUGCAAGUCCAGAAUCCACGGCGGAGUCAAGAAGCGUGCACUGUCCACCAACAACACCAGCAGUACAUACAAAGGUGUCCGGCGGAGACCUUGGGGGAAGUAUUCAGCCGAGAUCAGGGAUCCUUUCCGAAAGGCAAGGGUGUGGCUAGGAACUUACAGCACGGCAGAAGAGGCAGCUGCUGCUUACCAGAGGAAAAAGACCGAGUUCGAUCAAGCACUGGAGAUGAAAUCCAAGACCACUGCCACCCACGAGGAGGAAGGGGCUGUGUCUGAGGAAUCGAAUGGCGGUUCCUUCUCUCACCCAUCUCCAUCGUCAGUGCUUGAUGCGGCCACCAGUAAUGACAAUGUUGUUAAUAAUAAUAAUAGUGAUGGUAACGUGGUGGUGGCGGAUGUGGGAUUGCCCUGGAAGCAAGUGAAGUCUGAGAAUGAGGUGCUCAUGAUCGAACCAGAGACAUAUAUCACGAGACCGAUGGAUGUCGACGAUGAGGAUGAUUAUGACGACGAUGAUUAUGAAGAUGAAUACGAGGACAAUGAGGAUUGUUGUUUGAGUUACGAGGACGACGAAAUGCAGCCGAUUGAUGAGAUGAUGCCGCCGGCUAGUGACGAGGAGAUUGUGAUGGGGGGGAGUGAAGGGUAUGAUUACUGCUGCUAUGAGUUUGGGAGCAAUUUUGGGAUGAUGUUUGAUGAUAUAGUAGGAGUAGGGGAGUUUGUGUUCCCAGGUGAUGAUGAGGAGUUGAAAUUCCUUCCAAUAUUAGAUGGUUUAGGAGGAGGAUUAAUGGAUCUUCCUAACAUUGAGCUAGAGGGUAUUGAUAUUGUUCAGCAGGCUCUCAAUUUUUGAGCUUCAAUUUUGUAGUUAGGCCUUGUUUAUGUUAACAGUUUUUGAGUUAAAAUCAUAGAGAUGGUGACAAAAUGGUGCGUUUUUCAUUUGGGGAGCGUUCUUUGUAAGCCUUGGCCAUGGGAUGGAAUCAAAGAAUCAACAGAGUUGGUUUCGGAUUUUGUUUUCUUUGCCUGUUGAUGUGGUUGUGGAUUGGAAUGUAUUGUAUGCAACUUUCUGCUGCUGCUGCUGAUGCAAUGCCUGGUUGGUUUGAAUGUGGAAAAAGACCAGACCAGUUGUUGUCAUUUGUUGUUAUCAGAAGCAGAAGGUUUCCUUGGUCAACAGAGAGAGUAUCAAUUGAUUGAUUGCAUGCCUGCCUGUUGUUAUCUGUUGGGAGGAGUGUGCAGUUGACUCGUAUCACUCUCCUCAUGAAAAGUCCUUUUCCACGAAGAAAAGAAAAGUUGGGUGGUAAUAAGAAAUUGCGCUGACAUGA